AUGAAAACUUCAGCACUAUUUUCCCUUGUGUUCACCCUUUGCUUGAUCCUCCUUUCUCAUUCUCCUUUGGCAGCAAAUGCUAAAUCUGAGAAAAGUCAUGGUUCAGACCUUGUUGGGAAAAUUUGUAAGGAAACCAUGCAGGACAAUGCCAGGUGCUUGGAGCUUCUGAAUGAAGAGCCUAGAACCCACGAAGCAAAGAACUAUCUUGAACUUUCAAAGGUGAUCCUUGAGUUUGCCUUGAAAAAGGGAAUAGAGGGUCAGAACUUUCUGAAGGGGUUGGGAACCGCUUCUCGAGCCAUUUCAGAAUGUGCAAACUUUCACUAUAAUGGUGUGGUUGGAUCCUUCAGAAGUUCCCUCAAUGAGAUAUCGGAUGAUCCUCAAACUGCUAACUAUGAUGCCAAAGUUGCUGGUGAUGGACCUGACGCCUGUGCCAGAGGCUUGGCUAGUGAAAAGAUUGUCAACCCUGACAUUAAUGCUCUUAACAGCAAGAUAUCUUUGCUUAGCAACAUUGCAUUCUGGGCCACAGAUAAACUUUCAUAA